AGGUAUUAAGUCAUGAUGCAGGAAUCUGCGACAGAGACAAUAAGCAACAGUUCAAUGAAUCAAAAUGGAAUGAGCACUCUAAGCAGCCAAUUAGAUGCUGGCAGCAGAGAUGGAAGAUCAAGUGGUGACACGAGCACUGAAGUAAGCACAGUAGAACUGCUGCAUCUGCAACAACAGCAGGCACUCCAGGCAGCAAGGCAGCUGCUUUUACAGCAACAGACAAGUGGACUGAAGUCUCCUAAGGGCAGUGAUAAACAGAGACCACUGCAG